CUGGAGACUCACUCCAGCAACUCCUCGGCACUACAGCAGCUCUGUACAGGCAUUUUCAGUGCUUCUGACGGACACACCAAGAAAAAAACUAAAGAUUUGUAGCUGUUUGUUCACAUGUGUCCAGGGGGAGAUGAAGUACAUUGGAUCCUGCAUAGUUUGGCUUUGUAUGGCAGUCUUCCUCCUUCCUGUUUCUACUUCUGUGGCUGUCAGUGACCAGACAGGUGCUGUGUGUCCUUUAAUGAAAGCAGCUGCCCGUCAUCUCAAACAAAUCCACAGAGACAGUCGUGGUGUAUCAGGGUUUGAUCUGGCAGAAAGCUUUUCUUUAAGGCAAACAUCUUGUGGUGGGGAAAAGAUCUGUUUUAAACUGGGAAGUGCACCUCUCAUUAGAGAUACAAGGCAAGUAUUUCCAAAUGGGCUUCCUGAAGAAUACUCUCUAGUUGCUACGUUCCGUGUACGGCGAAAUACCAAGAAAGAGCGUUGGUAUAUAUGGCAAGUUUUAAAUCAGUAUGACACACCUGAGAUCUCUGUCCUCCUGGAUGGUACAAAAAAGGUGGUGGAAUAUAUGACCAAAUCCUCUCAGGGAAAUAUACUGCACUACACUUUUAAGAGUCGAGAAAUUUAUCCAUUGUUUGAUCGGCAGUGGCAUAAGCUUGGUAUUAGCGUGCAGUCAGGGAUCAUUUCCCUCUAUUUGGAUUGUAAUUUAAUUGAGAGAAAGCAGACUGAUGAAAAAUUCACCAUUGACUUGCAGGGAAGGACACUGAUUGCUUCUCGUGCUGCAGAUGAUAAGCCUGUAGAUAUUGAACUUCACCACUUAGCAGUUUAUUGUAAUUCACAACUUGCAACAGAAGAUACGUGUUGUGAAAUAUCUGCAGACUUGUGCCCACGUGAGGAGAGGUUACUGGCUACGACUUCAUCACCAGCGACUGCUCAUGCCAGCAAAAUAUACACGCUUCCAGGGAUACAACAAGAAUCUACACAGAGAUGCUACUGCUUUCCAAAUAAAGGAGAAGCAGGAUUGCCGGGAGUAGCUGGCUUGCCAGGCCAGAAAGGAGAGAAAGGUGAAAAGGGUGAGAUGGGUGUGAAAGGACCAGAUGGUGUGGCAGGUCUGCCUGGUGAGAAGGGUGAACGUGGCUUUCCGGGUAGUAAAGGUGAUGAAGGUGAAAAGGGUGAAAAAGGAGAUAAAGGAGAACCAGGACCAGAAGGCCUUCCUGGAACAGAGGGACUAAAAGGUGACCCUGGUAGUCCUGGUGUGGCUGGUCCAAAAGGAGAAAAGGGAGAUGCAGGACCUCCAGGACCAGCUGCCUUGAGUGGUUUGCUGGAGGGUCCCCAAGGUCCACCUGGCAAAGAAGGUCAAAGGGGGAGACGAGGCAAGCCAGGCCUUCCAGGAAAACCGGGGCCACCAGGACCUCCUGGUCCUUCUGGACUAAAAGGAAUCCUGGAUUCAUUGAACAAGCAUUAUAAUGAGAGUGAUACAAGACUACUAGGAGUACUGGGGACCCCUGGACUUAAAGGCCAGAAGGGAGACGUUGGUCAAAAAGGAGAAUUGGGAAUGACUGGUGCAAAAGGAGAAAAGGGAGAGCCUUCUGAAAAAGGGGACAAGGGAGACCCAGGAGAGACUGGAAUGGAGGGAUCAAAAGGAAAUAAGGGUGAAAUGGGAGAUCCUGGACCACCUGGACUUAUUGGAAAUCCAGGAUCAAAGGGACUGCAAGGCCCUCCAGGACCUGUUGGACCCAGGGGACUGCCAGGAGAAGCUGGCUUACCAGGAGAUACUGGGGUACCAGGAAACCCAGGAAUUAAAGGAGAAAAGGGUGACCCUGGUGGAAUUAUGGGACCGCCUGGACAUCCAGGUCCAAAAGGAGAUAUGGGGCCUCCUGGACCAAGUCUGCCUGGAACACCAGGUCCCACUGGUGUUCCUGGAAACCCAGGUCCAAGGGGGCCAAAGGGAGAAAGAGGACUGCCUGGUGUACAGGGAGCACCUGGGGAGAUGGGGCCCCCUGGAAUAGGCAUUCAGGGAUCACCAGGUCCUAAAGGUCCGACUGGAUCAGCGGGUGUGCAGGGCCCUAGGGGACCUCCAGGAUUACCAGGAGCUCCAGGUACCCCUGGUGUUAAUGGCACUCCAGGAAGAGAUGGAAAGCCAGGACUGCCAGGCCCUCCAGGUGAUCCUGUUGCACUUCCACUUGUGGGAGACAUGGGUGCUAUACUGAAGGGUGAUCCUGGCACAAGAGGUCCUCCAGGCAUACCUGGUAGAGAAGGACCAAAAGGAAGCAAAGGUGAACGUGGAUUUCCUGGACUUGCAGGAGAAAAGGGUGAUGAGGGUAUUCAAGGUGCUCCUGGACUGCCAGGUAUACCAGGACCCAGUGGCCCAUCUGGAGUUACAGGAAGACCUGGACAUCCUGGUCCAGCUGGAGCAAAAGGAGAAAAGGGUAGUGAAGGUUCUCCUGGGAAACCUGGCCCACCUGGACCUCCGGGCAUGCCUUACAAUGAAAGAAAUGGAAUGAGCAGCUUAUAUAAACUGCAGGGAGGUGUGAGUGUCGCAAGUUAUCCAGGUCCACCAGGACCUCCGGGUCCAAAAGGAGAUCCUGGAACAGUGGGAGACCCUGGACCUAUGGGAUUACCAGGACUGGAAGGACUCCCAGGGGAAAAGGGUGACCGUGGACCAGCUGGUGCUCCAGGAGUGUCAGGGACACCGGGAAAGCCGGGAUCCCCUGGGUCCCCAGGGUUGCCAGGAGAACCUGGUGAAAGAGGACCUAUAGGAGAUAUAGGCUUCCCUGGUCCAGAAGGGCCACAAGGAAAACCUGGGAUCAAUGGAAAAGAUGGAUUGCCAGGUCCUCCGGGUGCUGUGGGGAGACCAGGAGACAGAGGACCCAAAGGAGAACGUGGAGAUCAGGGUAUUCCAGGGGACAGAGGUCCACAGGGUGAACGAGGGAAACCUGGCCCAUCAGGACAAAAGGGGGAUGUGGGUCCUGUUGGCCCUCCAGGAGACAGAGGUUAUCCGGGAUCACCAGGUCAUCAAGGUCCUCCAGGUUCACCAGGACCUCCAGGGUUCCCAGCUGAUUCAAUUUCACUUGAAGAAAUAAAAAAAUACAUCAAACAAGAGGUUCUUAAGGUGUUUGAAGAAAGGAUGGCUCAAUUUGUAUCCCAGCUGAAGCUGCCUGCUGCAAUGCUUGCCUCCCAAGCUCAUGGGAAACCAGGGCCCCCAGGAAAAGAUGGGUCACCAGGGCCCCCAGGAAAGGAUGGUUUGCCAGGGCCACCAGGAGAACGUGGAAUUCAAGGUUAUAGAGGACAGAAAGGGGAAAGAGGCGAGCCUGGAAUUGGACUGCCUGGUAACCCUGGACCACCUGGCCCUGCAGCUGCUGGCCUGCCAGGCCCUCCAGGAACAUCAGGCUCACCGGGACCGCAGGGGCCACCAGGACCCAACGGGAGAUGCAAUCCGGCUGAUUGCUAUUACCACGUGUCACAGACUCGCCCACGCACCAGCAGGAAAUAAAAACCCUCUCCCCCAGACACUUGGGUUCACAGUCACUUUUCACUCUUUCCAAUAAGUUAUUUUAAUUUUUGAAAUAUUUGGUGCAUUCUUUUUUUUUCCUCUCGACACUGCAUGGUAUGUAGAUAAUUUGUAAGGCACAAAAUUGAGCCUUUUUCUAUGUUGUUUGCAGUGUCAUAAGGAUGACAUGAUGUCAUAUAUUUUCCAGAGUGCAUUCCAUGUGUUGUUUCUCGUAUUUAUUUUGCUUAGUACAUAAAAUAGGCCCAAAUAAUUUUCAUAAACUUCUUUCUUCAAACAAAAAGAAUAUUUUGUUAUAACUUAAGACAUUAUGUAUGCCUCCAUACAUAAGCUGGCUUUAUUUUUCUUGCUGGUGGUAAAUUUUAAAUGGAAAAAACACACUUCUGAAUUUACAAAGCAUACCUGUUCAUGGCGAAUGCAGGACCUGAGCUGGAGCACUGGGAACUCUGUUUAGACUAAACAUUCAUGCCCCUCAAGGAGACUCCAGCACACCUUCUGAAAAGGGUCUUCCAGGAAUGCUGCCCGCCAUGUCACAGUCACAUCCAAGAUGGCAAAGAAGGAAACACAGAUGUGUUUAUGAUCUCCUUAUCCCAUCCAACGACGAGCUUCAGACUGACUAGAAAAUCUCCAGGAAGAGUCUCUCCUGACUGGAUUUUGUCCCAGCUGUGGGCUUGUAUGUUCCUUUAGUCGUGGUUACACACACCCCAGAUAUUAAAUGCAAGAGGCUGCUGAUGGUACUCUGGACUGAGAACUGGCACACCUUCUAACCAUUACAUCAAGCUACUCUGCCAGUUAGUCUGCCUACAGCAAAGGUGACUCCUUGCUUUAGAGCAGAGGCUGGUGAGUACAUAGUCUAACAAUGGAGCUUGACAAGCCUCUAAUCUUGGUGAUGGCACUGUUUUCCUCUUCCUCCUGCAAUAUUCAUAUGCUGAAAUAAGCUUGAGAAGAACAUGGAAUCUGUAGAGUCCAAAACUCACAGGUCAUAUUAACCGGUGACAGAAAAUUUCUUGAGUUCGAGAGAAAUUUGGAAAAAAAUACAGAGCCCUCCUAGAAAGGUGUACCACUGAGAGCAACAGCAUCCAGUUUUCAGGCAUUUAGUAAAGGCUACAGGAACAGACAAUAUCAAUGAUGAACAAAACUGAACAAUGUGUAAAUCCUGUAGAAUUCAAAGGGUUGAGCAAAAGAAAAGCUGGAGAAAAUCAAUCACAGAGAUGAUCCUGAAAAGGAGUGAGUAGGGGUGGCCAAAAUUUCACUUCUGAUUAUUAGGAAACAGAUGAUCCUAAGUUAGUCCUGUGGAAUUUUGUACAGUGCAAUAGAAAGUGAAGGUGCUAUUUAGAGAACACGGACAUCUAUUACCUACAACCUCAAAAUGCACCUGUAGUACAAAGCCAUACUGAGGGCUCUUAUCUCGUCGUUUGGGAGUCAGUCACUCUCCCACAUCAGGCAGGGAAGUAGUUUAGGUAACUUUGUGCUUGAGCAGGAAAAUAUUCUCAAAUUUGAAGUGCUGGCUUCCAGAGAAGCUGUUGUGAUACAUGAAUCUGGCUCACUUUUGGGUUUUGCUUUUUUAAGCAGUAAAGGAAUGACUGCUGGGAGUCUUUAGCAAAAGAUGCACAUUGGCAUUUGCUCUGAACAGAGUUCCUAGCACUUGCACCCAGAGCAGACGAGCAAGAUGAGAGCAUGAGGUGACAGAACUAACUCAGGUGGCAGCUGGAGAACUCAGGACACUUUCUGAAAGGGAAAGCACACAUCCCUGACAUGUUCAUUGGUUAGGUGUUUGGAGGAGAGAAGGUGCUUGCUGCAAAAGGAUGUUAAAGGAAACACAGGGAUAGAAGGCUGAGAGUAAACACCUGGGACAGGAGAGGGCAGCAGGAAUGAGGAUGGCAGAGAACCUGUGGCAUACCAUGAAACGAUCUCCUGAAGGAGCUGCAAUAUGCCCUGCAGCUGGGGACGCCUUGGGGAGUCAUGGUGCUUUAUCUGUUCCUUAUGAGAAUGGGGUCAAAUCCCACAAUCAAACCCAGUCCUCACAAGUCCUGUUCCUCUCAUCCCCUCAUUCCUCGGGAGGCAAUGGCUGUCCCUUCUCCAGGCCAGCAUCCCCUGCUCUGCGGGCAGCGGCGCCUGUCCUGCUGGGGUGAAGGUGCACUUGGGACAAGUGAUCUGCCUGCCUGAGCUUAGCUCAACACAAGGUGCUCCCACUCCAGAACUGCUGUGCCCAUGGAGCGUGUUUUGGUUUGCUCUGUGGAGCUGAUUACUCUUGCAGUUCUGGUCCUCAGAGUGCUGGGAAUGGUGAGGCAGCUGGAAAGCGAGCCCUGAGGCACCGAGCAGGCCACGGGUCUGCUCGCCCAGAGAGCACAGCCCUGCACCCACACAUCUCGGUGUCUAAACAUGGACACCAGAGGAGGAACAGCUCCAGUGCUGGUGUUCACUCUCUGAAAGGAACUGCUGGUCAGAUAUCUUGCAUGAACGUUUUCUCUCUCUUUCCCUUUUUUUUUUGUUUUUUUGGGUUUUUUGUUACUUCUCUAGUAAUUCCAAUAUGUGUAAUAAUCUAAACAUUUUUUACUUCGUAAGUUAACUUUGAACUUUAUUUUCUGUGAUAAUAUUGAAAAGGGUGCUGUCUUGUGGUAGUACUUGCUUGACUUAGAGGUUCCCAAGCAGCCCCGUCCUGGAAGGCUGUACAUAGACCAUUGCGCCGCACUGGAGGUAUCUGUAUAUUUUGGGGCUUUUAGCUUGCUGAAACCCUGCAUCUGUUAUCUGCCAGAUGCAAUUGCUGUAUUUUAAUUUACUUGAAUUUAUUGGAAAGCAGAACACUUUUUAUAUUUGAAGAAGUUUUAUUUUUUCAUCUAUGUUUCCUACAGAUGCCUUUUUCUUUUUAUAGGCUCAAAAAGAAAGGUCUUUCUAAAAUGUAUUUGAAUGCUUUCAGUUGAUUUGCAGGUAACUUUGGUAAUUAUCUUGUUGCAUUAUUUUUAUUUUGCUAAAAGCCCACUUUAAUUUUCUCAUGUGAGAAAACGGGUAUUUUUUAAUAUGGGCUAUCUCAAAACCUAUUUUAAGAUGCCACGUUCUUCACUGGGGUAGAACGGAGUUAAUCCCAGAUUAACUUUACUUCACACUGGCUUGCUCUUACUUUGCAUUUUUAGGAUUGAAAGUGGAAUGUAGCUGGAAACGUGUCAGCAUGGCUUUCAGAUUUGGCCCUGAAAUUUCUUUGGAGUUUCAGACUGAUGUUGUCUUAGUUUUUGGGAAGGAGGCCAGAGAGGGAAGAGGGGAUGCUUAAUCUAUUUUGUAAUUUGCUUUAUCAGUUUUGUAUUUGUUUUAAGCAGUUCAUGCUGCAGUGAACACUGCAAGGAAAUAAACACGAGGGUUGUUUUUUUCCAGUAGCAUAAGGUCUUUUAUUCUGCUUUGGGUUUGUUUACAUGCAACAAGACUCAGAAGUGAAAUAACUUUGACAAAAAUGUUUUAAACCUUUUUUAAAAGCUCUUUAAGUUUUAUCCUAGUUCAGAGUCAGACUAUUGUAUUUUAUGGCAAGUUGCUUUAUCACCUGUAAAGAACAUGUUGGGAUUUUCUUUAAAUAGCAAUGUACAGAGCUACUCAGUUUGCCUAAAGAAAGAACAGAAACUAGCUGAGAGGGAAGAUUUCCCGAGGCUGCAGCAGACCUCCUGCUGUCCACAUGGUGGAGUGCAAAACAUCCUUUCAGUACAAAGAUUACAGCCCAGGCAUAACUCCCCUAGCAGCACACGACCUGACCCAGCUAUGUGUACUCUCACAGCAAAACAGUCAGCGUUUCUGAUUUUGUUCUUAAGGCUUUUUUCUU